AAGAAGCGAGAAGCCCCAGCUAGGCUGCCAGGCUAUUUAACGGAGGUUUUUUACAUGAGUGGGUCGGGCACAUUGGUUUUUGGAGCAAGAUCAGCGUUUAGUGAUGUGUUCAGUGGUGAAUAAUCAGGGUGAAUAAUGGCAGAGGAAAAGGUAAAAUUUGAUGAGAUAUCGCAGCUUUCAGAUGAGAAGUUAAAGGAAGCGCUAGAAAACCUAGGUGAAACUGUAGGACCCAUAACGCCAACUACCAGAGGAAUAAUUGAGCGUAUGCUGAAGAGAAAGCGUGAGGAAAACUCUGGUGAGAAGCCAGAAAACGAUAUUGAUGAUAUUAUUUUGAAAGGCAAGAGUCACAGAGUUUUUCCAGAGGAUAGCACUGGCUCACUGACAUGUACUGCUCAACGCAUAGCUGAAGCAGAUGUGUAUUAUGGUGUCUACCUACCAAACACUGUAGAUGUUGAUACCGUUGAUUCAGAUUUUCAGAAAGUAUACAUAGACCAAACAGCAUGUUUGGCUGUGAUGAAAAAGUACCGUGGUUCACGGUUCAAAUCAUUCAGGACAUACGAUGCAGCCAUGCAUUUUGCAGAAAAUGGCCCAGAUGUAAUUGUCCCUCAUGGUGCUACUUCAGGGGAAGAUGGGGGAAUAUACACAGGUGUAAGUGCAGAGAAGCCCAGUCCUUUCCGUGGACCAAAAUCGCAAGACCUAGUAAAGUUCCGAAAAGCAAUAGAAAAGGGUGAUAUGGUAUACUUUAGUCAGUGCAUUGAUGAGAACCCAAGGUACUUGGUUAGUAGUGGGGACACUCCGGCAAUUCUUCAAGAAGGCUUUCGCUAUAAUGCUCUCCAUGUUGCCUGCCGCACUAACAAGCCAAAGUUUGUUGAAAAGGUGCUGGCUACAGUUGCACAAGCUGAAUUUUUCCAAAAAUUAUAUCCCGAUGAUGCUCUGGAAAGUUCUGAAAGGCGCAGCACCUACCUGUUGGAUCUGUAUCUCAACACUCCUGAUAAAGGGCUUAAUGAAACACCUUUACACUUUGCUAGCAAGCAUGGCUGUGUGGAGUGUGUCAGGAUAUUGACCACUUACUCAGCAUGUGACAAGUCUAGGAAUAAUAAAUAUAGUCAAAAACCAAGUGAUGUCAUAUGUUCAAGAAUGAAAGAUAACAAAUCUAAAGUUUCUGAAGAAAUCGGUAUCCUGCUUGGGGAGCAGUAUUAUGUGCCACUCCUUCGUGAUGAUGAUCACUGUCUUUUACCGCAAGUGGGAAAUCCAUGGUCACUUAAGCUAGAGAGUCCAACCAGCCCUAUUACUCAAGAUCAACUGCUUACUCCUUUCCAUACUUCUGGAACCCCAGCUAGCCUUAUAAGUCCAUCAUUAAAGGUACGGGGAUAUGCAGGUCCAAUGAGCCCCACACAAGCAGAAGUCUUUCAUCGGUUAUGGCGAAACAUUUCUACAUCAUCACCUACACAUCAGUCGAAGAAUCGCAUAGCAUCUCUUCGGCUAACAGACCAAGAAAAGGGAUUGGAAAAACUGGGCAGAAAACUGGCUGCUGAAAAAGGGGUUGGCUGGACUGAGUAUUGGGAUUUCCUGGGUGAAUUUACAAACCUGUCCACAGAUGAAGGACUUCUCAAGCUGGAUGCUUACCUCAAAAAUAAGUUCAAGCAGCUGUUAUUGGAACGAGGAGAAUUAGAUGCCAGCUAUGUGGCUAGAAGACUGAUUGAGGAGCAGAAUGCCAGUGAAAAUAUACAUAAGAAUUUUCUUCAGGAAAUACAAGGUGACUGUGUUGAUGGAGAACUGAACAUGACAAAUGCCAGUCAGUCAAGUAGAAGCACGUUAAGUGAGCUGUGUCAAGAGCUAGAAGCAUUGCGUCUCAAUGUUUCACUUUCACCUCAGUGUGAUACACCUAGUCAAGAUAUCAUUAGUGCCAGCAGUAAAUUCCUGGCAUCCUCUAGACCUAAAGAAAAUAAACCUGGAACUAACCCAAAGGAGGUGAUGAAGGCUGUGGUAGAGCAGGAGGCUGCAGCACAACAGAUGUCAUAUAUAAUAAAAUCUGUUGAUGUUGCUACACACCGGCUGGCUGAAAUCAUGGCAGACUUAGCAAAGGAUCUUCAAUCAAACUCUGUUGCUAACUUAUCUAUGACCAGAACAGUUCGAACCAAGUUGAAGCCAGAAAUUUUGUGCUUAAAGAAUGUUGUUAGUAAGUGUUGUACAAACGAAGAGAAAAAGAACAUUGACUUUGGGUUCAUUCACAUUCUCUUAGCAACUAAGGUUACUGAAAGUGUCCAGCAGAAUCUGAUGCCUUCUGAUAUAUGUGUGUUAGCAGAAACCAUGAAAAUUUUUGUGUCUCGUUUAAAUUUUCUACAGCUAAAUUCAUCUGACGAAGAAGACACAACAAAACCAGUUAUCAUUAAUGAAGAGAAACACAGUAAUGCAGAACAUUGCACAUGUGUACUGCAGUGUCUUGACAAAGCAUUAAACAUGGUGUAUAAUAAUUGUGCUACAGAUGUAAACAUUACUAAUAAGGAAAAUAUGAAGCUAAGUCUGAUGCGUCUUGGUGAGUGUACUUGUUCUUGGAAUGCUCCAGCAAAUGUUGCUCGCUCAGAUGAUUUUAGAUCGACACCAAUCAGUAACACAAAAUACACAAAAGCCUUCAAAUUUCUUCAUCAAACUAUUUUUAAUGAAAGUAAAAAUGACGUGAAGAAAAUCAGCCAGUAUGAAGACUGUGUUAAGAAAUUAGUGUUUUCUGAGGAUGAAGAGGAGGAAGUAUUAACAGCAACUUUAAACGUGAAAGAUGGUGUAAACGUAUUCCAGAAUGUUAUUAAAAAUGUAAAGAAGGAAGAUAAUGAAGUAGAAGGUGAAACAUUUUCAACAGAUGUUGAGGAAAUUUUGGAAAAAGAUGGUGAUAGUGACAGCUAUGCCACAGCAGCCUCUUCUGUUGAAGAUGUAAUGGCCACCCCAGAUGAAGGUGUUGAAGUCUACAUUAAUGGUCUGGAAGCCAGUAAAGUGGAUGCAGAUGUGCUAGCAGCCAUUGGAGAGGGAGAAGUGGACGAAAUGAAGUAUCCUUACGUAUCCCAGUGGUAUCACCUGAUAUCUUCUUACUCAAAAGUGCAGAGAGAUAGUUGGCCAUCUCCGUAUUGCUCUCGCAUUCAUCACUCAUCAGCUGCUAACACUGCUCCAUCCAAGCUGUUGCAUCAUAAUACACCACUGAGGCACUGCAACUCCUGGAUUCCUUCUUCAACUUCUCGGGUGCUUUUUAGCAAAGGAUUUGAUCAGUUAGGUGCAUCACCAUUUUGAUCAGCAAGAGCAGUUUUCUUCUUUAUAUUAUAUUAUUAUGUGGAUGCAGCUAUUUGUAAAAGAAAAAUCACAUAAUCAGGUUUAUAAUUUUUUAUAUAACUUUGAAUUAAGUCAACUGAAGGAAGUGCUUCUUCAUGCCCAUAGCCAUACUUUGAAAUUUUGGAUGAAAAUUUGCUUCUUAGUUCACUGUAAGUUUUAACAUUGCUUGCUUCUUUGUUUUAGAGGCUUGGUUCUGAUGAGAACUGACAAUUUUGAAGUGUAUCUUUCUCCGUGUAUCACAAAAGGUAUUGUAGGCACUUACUCGAUUGUCAGUGCAUGUAUUUUAGUUUCAUGUUUUUAUUGUAAAGAAUGUCAGUGUGUUGUACUGAUUUUUUAACCAGAAAGUAAAUUAACAGAACACUAAAUAGAUAAAUAAAUUUGAGUUUCAAGGUUCUUGGAUAAAUUUGUAGAUGGAGUGAUGACUUUAUGAACAAAGAACUUGCUUGGGUGAAGCAUAUAUUCUUGCUAGCCAGGAAGUAAGAUGUCUUUGAGUAGUUAAUUUUCAUGGUUUGUGAAUAAGUCAAGUAAAAUGUCUGGUUUUAUUUGCAUGCUGUGCAGUGAACACCCAAGGAGUGAAAUAAGUAAUUGCAUCAAAAAAACAUUAUUGUAUAUGAAUAUUAUUGAGCAAAGGCUAUAUAAAUAUAGCCCUGUGUUCAUGACUGUGGAUCUGGUCUAUACCAAUCUUGGGACCAGUUAAUUAUCAUGGUUUGCAAAUAUAAUCUACUGAAUUAGUCAGGUAGAUUGUCU